AUGAUGCAUAUAUCCUCGUCAACUUGGCCGGCGUCAGCAACGCUUGCCAGCCUCCUGCUCCAGUCCAUCCCUCUCGUCACCGCACAGGUCAGCAACCCCCAAGCUUCUCCUCCACACCUGCCGGAGCGGACAUACCUCGACACCGUGUGCAGGCCGCCGAUCCUCCACACGGGGGACGUGGUCGCGCCCUGCAUCUCCAUCGAAACGACCGAGGCGCUCUGCUACCCAAACGGCACGACGCCCUUGCACCUGGACGCCCACGCGCAGUGCCUCUGCCGGGGCUCCUUCUUCGCCGAGUGGACCGCCUGCCGCGCCUGCCUGUCCCUGCACGGCCUGCUCGACGACGCCGACCACUCCUUCUACCGGGCCGUCGCCGCGUCCGCCUCGUCGGUGCUGUGCGGCUUCCUGACCGCGCCGGCCGCCGCGCCUGCGCCCACCACCAUCUUCAAGGCCAUCUUCAGCUCCAUCGCGGCCACGCUGCCCGGUCGUCCCGCCAGCGGUCGAGCCGAGAGCCCCGCCGCCACAGCGGGGGCCGGCCAGCUGGGCUCCAACGACAAGGCCCCCUACCAGACCGAGGUGGGUCUCUAUUACACGGCGAGCGGGCCGCAGGGACCCGGUCCCAUCACGGGGCUCGCUAUGGCUGCCACGGCGACUGGUUUGCAGUUGGAUACCGGCACGCCGACUCUCCCUGGCGCUCCUGGACCGGAGACAUCGUCGCAGUCUCCGACGGUGGGCUCUGCUGGCUCGAACGGCACGGAAGCAGUGGCCAGCUCAACAUGGACACCGUCUUCUUCCGCCGCUGUUGCCAAUCUUUCAAAAGAGCUUGGUUGGAUGGUUGCUAUUACUCUGAUGAUGGCAUUAGCAGGUCUAAUCGUGUAA